CCGCACUUCCUACAGAAUUUCAACACACACACUCACUCCGACUCUGAAAGCCACUCCUCAACAACACGCAGGACCUACUCCCACACGAAGCUCAGCUUGCAGUACAGGGAAGAAGCAAUGAGAAGCAGAGUGUGGUUUCCUCUAACGGGGCUGUUGGCCUGGCUAUGCUGCUUUCAUCUGGGGCCCGUUCAGGGGGAGAAGGUGCUGGUUUUCCCUGCGGAUGGCAGCCAGUGGCUCAGCAUGAAGAUUCUGGUGAAGGAGCUCGGCCGCAGAGGCCAUGAGGUCACGGUCCUGGUUCCUGAAAACAGCCAGUUGAUCCAAGGUUCUGACAGCUACAAGACGGAGGUCUACAAAGUGCCGUAUACUCAAGAUGAAACGGAUAAGAACUACAAGAGGUUCAGGGAAGGACUGUUUGACCAGCAGCCAGGAUUAGCAAAUUUAUUUGUGAACGUGGACCGUUUGUUGAUAUUUACAUCUCCACAGGUGGUGGGAUGUGAGGCUUUACUGGACAAUGAGCCUUUGAUGACUAAACUCAGGACGGAGAGAUUUGAUAUGAUGCUUACAGACCCCUUCCUUCCUUGUGGCUCUAUCCUAGCACAUAUUUUUUCUAUUCCUGCUGUGUAUUUUAUGCGUUUGCUUCCCUGUGAGCUGGAUAUUAAAGCUAACAAGUGUCCCUCUCCUGUUUCCUACAUUCCUAAGUCUUUCUCUGGUAACACAGACCGCAUGAGCUUCCCAGAGAGGGUUAAAAACAUGAUGAUGUCUUUUUUGGAGUCGUACCUAUGCACGGUCAUGUACCAGAAAUUUGAUGAGCUGGUUAGCAAGCGCAUCCAAGACGGCAUGUCGUACAAAGAACUAAUAAGUGAAGGAGCUAUCUGGCUCCUCAGAUAUGACUUUGUUUUUGACUGGCCCAAACCUCUCAUGCCAAACAUGGUUUUAAUAGGUGGGAUCAACUGUGCAAAGACGGCUCCUCUUCCAGCAGACCUGAAGGAAUUUGUGGAUGCUUCAGGAGACGAUGGCUUCAUUGUCUUUACGCUGGGCUCAUGGGUGUCCGACAUGCCUGAAGCUAAAGCCAAACAGUUCUUUGAAGCCUUCCGACAAAUUCCUCAGAGGGUGAUUUGGAGGUACACAGGUGAAAUACCCAAAGAUGUACCCAAGAACGUCAAACUUAUGAAAUGGGUACCUCAGAACGAUCUUCUAGCUCACCCCAAAGCUAAAGUCUUCAUGACUCAUGGUGGAAGUCAUGGCAUCUAUGAAGGCAUCUGUAAUGGCGUUCCCUUGUUGAUAUUUCCACUCUUCGGGGAUCAGAGAGACAACGCGCACCAAAUGGUGUCACGCGGUGUUGCUGUGAAGCUCAAUAUAUUUGAUAUAACAACAGAAACAUUGGUAGAUGGACUGAAAAAAGUUAUCUAUGACAAAGGAUACAAAGAGCGCAUGGUGGGGCUGUCUCAGAUACACCUGGACCGCCCUGUUGAGCCUUUGGACCUGGCUGUUUUCUGGUCUGAGUUUGUAAUGAGACACAAGGGAGCAUCACAUCUAAGGGUGGCUGCACAUGACCUGAACUGGUUUCAGUACCACAGCCUGGAUGUUAUCGGCUUUUUUGUUUUUGUUUUUGUCGCCGUUUUGUGGGUGACUCUGAAAUCCUGUUUGUUUUGCACUCGCAAGUGUUGCGGGAAGAAAGGUGCAAAGAAAAAAUCUGAGUAGUGUCUGCCUUGAAGUAAAUAGUUUUAACACUGCUGUGAAGUUUUGUCUGGUGUACAGUAAAGUGUAUAUAUGUAAUUUGCCAGAACACAUCUUUUUUAGUAAUUAAAAUGAAUAAACUUAUAAUAAAAUUAAUAAAACUUAUUUCUUGAACUUCAUUUAUUAUUUGUGAAAGAAUAUACAGACCUUGAACUCUCCCUGAGAGUUAAAGAUUUUAGUUUAGUUCUGUUUCAUAGGAAUGUUGUUGGAAUGGAUUAUAAAGCACUUUUGUUUUGUAA